AAGAAUAAGUCCCCGGGUUGAUUUGCUCGACUAAAGGUGGUGCUCUAGCAUGGCCGCAGUCAAAUGACUGAAACAAGUAAAAGAGUAAAAGAGUAAAAGUAACGUGCGCAUAUGGGGAUUUCUUGGAUGCGUGGAGUCGAUGUCAUGCCCCCUAUUGCUGCUGUUGUUGCCCUUCUUUUUGCUGUUGUUGUUGCUGUUUCUGUUCUUGCUGCUGCCGUUGUGGUUAUAGUUCUCGAUGUUGCUGCUACCAUUGGAGCCGCAGUUGUUGCUGCUGCUGAUGCUACCGAUGGUGUUGAUUCUGGUAGUGCUGGAGCUGAGGCUGUUGGUGGUGGUGGUGGUGGUGCAAAUGGAAGUUGUAGUGUUACUGCCUCCGCAUGUGUUACCAGUGGUGCAUGUGUUGGUGUUAUUAAAUCUGCCGGUGUUGAUGCUGCUGCAGUGGUUGCUGCUGCUACUGCCAACGCUGCUGCUGUUGUUUGUUUGUUUGUUUGUUGAGCGAAGUGGUCUUCGUCCCAGUGGG